AUGGAUUCAUUAAAGUUGCCACAAACAGCUGCUCAAGCUAAAGUAUUCACUGCACCAAAUUCGAUAUUGUUCCCCAAAGGUAUAGAUGGUGAAACCGGUGAAGAAAAUGAUAAUAAAGACUUUGUUGCCAAUGGAGCUAAUGCCACUGUCAAAAAGGAAAAAAGUGUUGAUGUACUUGAAUCGAAACCUCAACUGCAACAGGAGCAACAACAACAACAAGAAGAUGAUGGUGCUACUUCGGGGAUUGUCCCCACUUUACAAAAUAUAGUUGCCACGGUCAAUCUAGAUUGUCGUUUGGAUUUGAAAACCAUUGCAUUGCAUGCCCGUAAUGCUGAAUACAAUCCAAAACGUUUUGCCGCAGUCAUCAUGAGAAUUAGAGAUCCCAAAACUACAGCAUUGAUUUUCGCAAGUGGUAAAAUGGUUGUUACUGGUGCCAAAUCUGAAGAUGAUUCCAAAUUAGCAUCAAGAAAAUAUGCUCGAAUUAUUCAAAAAUUGGGGUUUAAUGCCAAAUUUACCGAUUUCAAGAUUCAAAAUAUUGUUGGUUCAUGUGAUGUCAAAUUCCCCAUUCGAUUGGAAGGAUUGGCAUUUUCACAUGGUACUUUCUCGUCAUAUGAACCUGAAUUAUUUCCUGGGUUGAUUUAUAGAAUGGUUAAACCCAAGAUUGUGCUUUUGAUUUUCGUUUCUGGAAAAAUUGUGUUGACGGGUGCUAAACAAAGAGAGGAGAUUUAUGCUGCUUUUGAAGCUAUAUAUCCCGUAUUGAGUGAAUUUCGAAAAUCUUAG